AUGCAACCCGUCCAGGCAGCGGCAGCAGCGGUCCAGGAUGGCCCGCCGCACCACAGUUCGCCGCACCGCAGCAAAACAGAGCCCGACAGCGACGACAACGCUCUGCAGAGCGGGGAUGAAGACCACGACGACGACGAUCUAGACAGUCCCGGCGCUUCACGGAGUGGGAAGCGGAAGAGGCCCAUCUCCGUCUCGUAA